AUACAUCAUUCUACAACCUUUUCUCUUUGCUCUUUUACACUUUACUCUUAUUUUUGCUUACAUUUGCAAAACACAUCUCAUAACAGAACAAAACUAGUUCUGUACCAAAUUCAAUAAUAAUAUAUAAAAAAUGGCUCUUCCUGUAACGGAUGAUUUUGGAAAAACUCUCAGUGAUGCCUGGGAUUACAAAGGCCUUCCAGCCAAUCGCUCUAAAACGGGCGGUUGGAUCAGCUCCGCCAUGAUUUUAGGUGUUGAGACAUGUGAAAGGUUGAUAACUCUAGGGAUUGCCUUCAACUUGGUAACUUAUUUAACUGGAGUUAUGCAUUUAGGAAGUGCUACUUCAGCUAAUACAGUCACUAACUUCCUUGGUACUUCCUUCAUGCUCUGCCUCCUUGGUGGUUUCAUUGCUGAUACUUUUCUUGGCCGGUACUUGACAAUUGCUAUAUUCGCCACAGUUCAAGCACUGGGUGUGACAAUUUUAACAAUAUCAACGGCAAUUCCAAAUCUACGACCACCACCAUGUGCACAAGACUCAAAAACAUGUGUCCAAGCCAAUGGGACACAACUCGGAGUAUUACAACUAGCACUCUACUUGACCGCCUUAGGAACAGGCGGUCUAAAAUCAAGUGUGUCAGGUUUCGGAUCAGAUCAAUUUGAUGAUAAGGAUAAAGACGAGAGAACAAUGAUGACAACCUUUUUCAAUUGGUUCUAUUUCAUUGUGAGCUUAGGAUCAUUACUUGCCGUCACAGUUUUGGUGUACAUAGAAGACAAUUUGGGAAGGCAAUGGGGUUAUGGUGUAUGUGCUUGUGCAGUUGUGGUUUGUUUGAUUGUGUUCCUUUUUGGAACUAAACGGUACCGUUUUAAGAAGUUAGCGGGUAGCCCACUUAGCCAAAUUGCAGCAGUUUUUGUAGCCGCAUUGAAAAAGAGAAAGAUGGAACUGCCUGCUGAUCCUUCACAACUUUUUAACGUUGAUGAAAUUUGGGAAACUAGUGUUAAGAAGAAGCAAAAGCUCCCUCAUAGCAAGCAAUUUAGGUUCUUAGACAAAGCAGCCAUAAAGACAAAUGAAAUGGGUGAAGACUUAAAAUCCGUAAGCAAAUGGGACUUAGCAACACUAACAGACGUAGAAGAGGUAAAAAUGAUACUAAGAAUGCUCCCAAUUUGGGCCACAACCAUAGAAUUUUGGACCAUACAUGCCCAAAUGACAACAUUUUCUGUCGCACAAGCCGAAACCAUGGAUCGUCACAUAGGCUCCAAAUUCCAAAUCCCCCCAGCCUCAAUGACCGCAUUUCUUAUAGCAAGUAUUCUAAUCACGGUCCCAAUCUACGACCGUCUGGUCGCCCCAUUAGCCGCCCGUCUCUUCAAAAACCCACAAGGCUUAACACCCCUACGACGAGUCGGUGUAGGCCUCUUCUUUGCCACCAUUGCAAUGGUUGUAGCCGCACUCACUGAAAUCAAACGAUUGCGCGUUGCAGAGUCUAAUCACUUGAUUAACGACAAAUUCACCGUUUUACCAAUAAGCGUUUUUUGGUUAAUACCACAGUUUAUACUAACAGGUGCAGGCGAAGCUAUGAUUUAUGCAGGGCAAUUAGAUUUUUUCCUAAGGGAAUGUCCUAAAGGAAUGAAGACUAUGAGUACGGGGUUGUUUCUGAGUACACUUUCAAUUGGGUUUUUCUUUAGUACACUUGUUGUAUCAAUUGUUAACUCAUUAACUGCACACUCAUAUCCUUGGUUAGCUGAUAACUUAAACCAAGGAAGGCUUUACAACUUUUAUUGGCUUUUGGCUAUUAUAAGUGUUGUAAACUUUGUCGCGUUCGUAUGCUGUGCUAAGUGGUAUGUUUACAAGGAGAAAUGGUUGGCGGCCGAGGGAUUUGAAAUUGAAAUGGAUGAAACACGAGGACCAGCUUGUCAUUGAAACUGAAAUAUUGGUACAGUUUAAGUCUUUAGAUCGUUUUGUUGAUCUUAUGUAUGUGUUUUUUCUUUUUUUUUUUUUUGAAAAUGUUAAUAUCUUUAAAGAGGAAGGAUAAAUCUCAAGAAAGAUGAAGAUAUGAUUGUGUAAGAUAAGGUAUCAUCAUCAUCGGCCGCCCAUGAUGUAACAUAAGUAUAGGAUGGCUAAUUUUGUCCAUGGCCAAAUCGUAUUGGCCAUAACAGCUCGUAAGAGCGGCUUGAAUAAAGGGCUUUUUUGUAUCAUACACAAUGUAUUUCAAUAUAUAUUUAUAUACAAAGAAAAAUUUUCAGCACCA